GCCGCGUUGACGAUCGCAACAUCGUCAAUCGUUAGCAAGCAAAACCCAGCACUUCUAAAGAACAACCAACCCUUAUAUCACUUAAAUCCGUAUAUCGAAAGUCUCUAGCAGCUAUUGGCAUUACAUGUCCUUUUCAAUCUGUACACGCUCUUUGUCCGCGCUUCUCAUCUGAGCAGCAUUUUGCGCGCGAGGACGACGGUUCUUUGUGCCUUUCCGUGCACAACUUCUUCGGUCCCCGUCCGCCCCAGUUUGCACCUUUCCCUCUCGGCCAACCUCGAUCACUUCUUACGAUCCAUGACAAACAAUAUAACAGACCCGGCGGUAAAGCGCAAUGCUUAAUCCCCAGAUGCAGGGUGGCUGGGGAGUCGGCCAGGCGCCGAACCCGCCUAGCAACCCAUUUAGCAACCCAACGUCCACCCAACCGGCCAACCCGUUCGCUCCGCCCAAGGUCAACCCAUUUUUGCAAGGACAGUCUGGCGGCGCAACGCCCACACCAAAUCCUUUCCUAGCAAAUUCUGCUCAACCUCCUUCAUCGAAUUCUUCGAUGCUGCAGACUCUGACCCAAAUGGCGAACGGGCGGCACGAUGACUUCCGGAUGCCAAGUAAUAUGAAGAAUCCUUUUGAAAAGAAAAACGUCAGCUCUGCUAUAAACACGAACGGCCAGUCUACCGCUUCUCCUUUCAACCUAAAGCCGAACCCGUUUAGCAGUCCUAGUAAUGGGCAACCCCCAAACACGCACAACCCGUUUUCGACGCCGACAACUAGUAGUGCCGAAGUACGGCCUUCACCUUUUAGUCAACAAGAUUCAACUCCCAAGCUCGAAUCAUUCGGCCGACCUAGCUUUACGCAGACAUCCAAACCGACAACAACCUCCGAUGGCAGCUCCUCAAAACCCAACCCCUUCUUGAAACCAACGCCGGCAUUUACCGGUGACAUCCAAGCCUCAGCUACCACCGGUGCCAAUGGCCUAAAAAAAGCUUCCGAAUAUGUGCAACCAGCGUGGCCAAAGCAGGCACAGGCUACUAAUUCUACACCAGCUAAUACCACAACACUCACAAAUCAAGUUAAUGGGAAGCGAAAGAGUGGUGAUGAUAUCCAGCGGAGGACUAAGUUAUCACGAAAAUCGCCAGGCUCAGAAAAGGGUAAUAAGCAGGAAACCUCGACUGAAAAAGGCGUGCCGGGAAACCCAAGAUUCAAUCAAGAUCGAGAUGAAUUCGCUAAAAAGAUUCGAAACCAGUUAGCCAAGGAUAAAAUCAAACCACCGCAAUGGCCCGAGAAUCCUGGAAGCUUUGCGCAACGCCAGGCAAUAGAGCGUUUUCGUGAAACUUAUAAGGCGUACCGGGAAAGGGCGCGGAAGUCGCUCACACGAGCUGGCCUAAUCGACGAUCCAGACAAAAAGCGAAGGCUCGACGAGGCGCUUGUGUUCAAGGGAAUCUGUGAGGAUAUGUGUCCUGAGUGGGAGCAAGUGACUCGUAUUGUCGAGCACGAUAUCAGAGGACCGGAGAAGAGUAGAGACGAGAAUGGCGAUCUUGUCGCAAUGCCCUCACUUAUGGUUAAGCGACUUGCUCGUUCGGCUGCAGGGCAAGACGCACCCCUCCCCAUGGACGUGCGAUCCGUCCGAACCCUCUGUCGCACUUUAGAUUAUUUGAUCGAUCUUGUUUCGUCGGACGACCUAUUACCGCAACGGCAUAGUUUCCUUUGGGACCGAACUCGAGCCAUCCGAAUAGACUUCUCAUUCCAGAAAUACGCUAUGACGCCCGACGAGAUACUAGAUCAAAUAUAUUGCCUCGAGACCAUCACUCGUUUUCACGUUACGUCGCUUCAUCUUCUCUCUCGGGAUGGCUUCGCCCCCACGGACUUUUCGGAGCAACAGGAAGUCGAGCAACUAAGCAAGACCUUAAUCUCCCUAAUGGAAGUAUAUGACGACUGUGCACAUCAGGGGAUCGAAUGUAAAAACGAGCCCGAGUUCCGAGGGUAUUUUAUAGUAUUCAAUGCCUACAAUCCGGCGCUCAUGGAAAGGAUAGAAGGCUGGGACGUUCGAUUUGGGAAUGCCGAAGGAAUCAAAUCCGCAAUAGCUAUCGUCCAAUGCAUCGACAAUAUCCGAAAAAUGCAGGGUCCUCUAUAUCCAGAAACAUAUAGUCAAUUAGCUAUUGACGCGAUCUCGAUAUUCUUCAAGCUCAUAGCCCACCCGGCCGUUUCAUAUACCAUGGCCUGCUUUGCCGAGAUACAUUUCAACAACGUGCGAAAAGGGAUAUUGAAAGUUAUUAAGAGAUCGUUCUCGAGACCUCGGUUCGGCCCGAAAGACCUGACUCCGGCCGUUUUAAAGCAAUGCCUACACACUGAUACAGAAGAAGAGGCAGUUGAGUUUUUUAAAAAGCAUGGUAUUCAAUUUCAUGAAGAUGGAUAUGCUAUUCUUUCCCAAAAUAGCGAGUAUAUCGAUGCUCGAGUACGGCAUUCUUUCUCAGGGGACAUAGUAGAACGUAAACGUUCUGGGCGAGCUCUUCCGGAAGUUAUUCGUACAACUGUCUUCGAAGAGAAUGUCAUCGCAACAACCAGCUCAGACGAAUCUUCCGAGGAAAGCUUAUUUGUCAGUGAUUCCCAAGACGUCCUCCCGGCGGAUAGCAACCGCCAUGGGCACGAGAAUCUUGAUGGAUAUGGUCGCCAGGCAGAAGACAGUCAACCCACGCCACCUCCCAGCCUCCUGACCACAGCAAAUCCACAAACAUUUGGGAACCAUACUAUUACCAAGCCGACGACUGCCGUUCCCCCUAAGCAGUCUCUCCCCCCACCACCCUCUAACACGAUACCUGUAUCUCAAGAGGCUUCUUUUACUCCGGUCUCUACCCAAACUAGCGGAAACUCUAGGACCGAAACCGCAUACACCGCUCCUACGGGACAGCAGCCAUCGCUCUUUACACAAACAGGCAAUUCCAUGACCUCUAGCACUACGAACACCGACAACAACGCUGCUGCAACAUCUAGUCCAUGGCUGCAACCCACCAUCAACGGUGCUAAUAAAAGUCCAAAUAAUGAUGGGAAGAAUUAUGACGCAAAUUCUAAGGUUAUAUUCGGAAACAAUGUUUCAGUAUCACAAGCAGCCCAACCCACAACGAGCAUAUCAGAUCCAAAUUUCUUCGGUUUUCUAAACAGCGACAAAGACCUAUCGAUUCCACCGCCUAAGUCUCUCUUCGCGAAUCUUGGAGCAAAGGCUUCCGACUCGUCGAACAAAGACGGAUCACAACCUCCUGCACCCUCUGGUUUAUCGAUCACCCCAGAAUCAGUAUCAAAACCCCUUAACCCAUCAAAAUCUAUCAGUAGUGCGCUUCAACCUACAACAGCUAGCCUUUUUUCCACAUUCCCACCACCCACGAAUGGCACACCCUUAGGUGCCCCUGAGGCCAGUAAACAAACUUCUCUUACGAGCCAAUCGUCAAUAUUUUCACAACCAGCGUCAAAACCUACCUCUACAUCACAGCAACUCUUCCCUACAAGCGUUUCUGCUCCUCAAAGUAUACCCCAGAACGACCCGAUGAGUGACUUUACUCGUUGGUUUGUUUGUGCGGACCGAGGGUUAAUGGAAUCACAUCUUCAAGAAUUUGCAGUUACUCACAUCUUGAAGAGCAUUUGGGAUGAGUUUCAUGCUGCGGAAAUUGAGCGCAUACAAAGGGAAGAAGAAGAAAGGGUCAAUGCUAAAGUACGGAACUUUAGGGAGAAUAGUCUCAAGCUGAAAUACUUUUGGCGUUGGCAUGAUGGUUUUCGUAAACGUCAACGUAUUAGACGUAUGAAUCAAGAAAAAGAGAAAGCGAGACAGUGGAGAUUACCUGAAAAUGUAGCAAAACGCGAGCGUGCUGCUAGGGAAAAGCAGGAAAGAAUCAUUCAGCAAACGACGGAUUCGAUGCUAAGGAGGAGCCAGCACAGAGUUGACGAAACCGCCCAACUAAGGGCAUCAACUGGACCAAGUCUUGAGUGGAGAGGACGGGAAAGGGCAGACACCCCAACACAACUGCAUGCCCAAUCAUCAAGCCCGGUAUCACAGUCACGGAGCAUCGAAGAAGCGCUACUUGCUACUGGUAUUUUCAAUGGGGUGACGGAUGAAAGAGCUGCAGCUCGAUACGCAGCCCGGGAUUACGACCCCGAAACUCAGGCGGAUCUGGUCCAGGAGAGAAAGAUGCGAUUAAGGGCUGAAAACAGGAGCCGAAUUGAGCGCGGAGUCCAUCCGCUCAAAGAGUUACCAGAGCCGAAGGUUUAUAAAGAGGGGUCGAAGACAGCAAUGCUCAGAGCUCGCUGUCGCGGUGCUGGUGGAGAUACCUUGUCCACAUCAACUGGGAGCUUCCGUAACUCAACUUUUAGCUCGAGCUAUCGCUCAAGUGUCGGCUACAACAAUGGUCGAGUAUCAAAAUCCCGAUCGAGAGUUCCGGAUCCAUACUGGACUUUGAAAGCCAGAGGGCUUGUCCGAAUGCCGAACGGCGAAUUCUUGCACGAGUCAAUAGCAUUGCCUAUGUUGCGAGAAGGGAAACGAAUACCUGGUAGCUUUGGAGAUUACGGAUUACCGACUGCUGAAGAAGCACCUCCCAGCCAGUCGCCGCCGCCGGAAUUAAGCAGUCUAUCUCCGCCAUUCAUACGAGCUGAUGAAUUAGGGGUAAGCCAAAUCAGCAGUUCACCCUCAGAGACCCGGAGCCAGAAGCGAAAACGCCGCGCAAACGGAAGCUCGCCUAUAAAUGGAAGUGAGUCGCCUGCCAAUACGAAGCGAGCCAAGAGUGGAGAUGCAAAAGCCAGCUCGCUUACGGACGCCGAUGAGCACCUUGCCGAUAUCGCGAAUUUCUUAGCAAUGGUUGAAGGAAGGACCUCAGGACGUGGUAGUUCUUGAUAAUGUCUACGGAAAGGGGUUAGAGGCGUCAUAAUAAGAAGUCAAGGAAAUGGAUAUAGUCAAUGGCAUAAGGGGUCAUAAUCACUUGGUACUAUUUUGGCAUUGGCACAGGAUACAUACAUACACCCUUGGUGAACGUGAUUGGCAACAGGAUAUCAAAGAAGCAGAAAGAAACACGAUAAUUAAAAAAAAAAAAAAAUUUGUCUGAUCAAAUCGGCGGAAGUGGACAGCCAAAUGGGAUUGUUUUCGCCGACAUUAUCGUUAUCACACCAUUCAUGGAUCGGCGUUACCAGAGGCGUCAUUCGAAAGAAAAGAAAAAUCAACCGACACGAGAUCAUGAUUUCUUGUUAUUACUACUGCUACAACGGUUUCUUCUGACGCAAGCGUGAACUUUUUCCGGCCGGCCUCUUUUGUUUAUUUAUCAAAUCAAUUAAUUGUAUAUUUGAGAUACCCGUAGGUGUAGUAGGUUAGGUUAGGUAACCCUAACAUUGCAUAGAAAAGGGGUUGUUGGGUUAGGUUUGGCAAUUGGGAAUUUAAAGAAUACAUUACAUGUACGGCACGGGCACAAUACACGGCAUGGCGAUGGGAUAUAUCUUCUUGAAUGAAUCUAAUCGACUCUUGUUGGAUGCUAU